UCUGUCCAUAGAGGUCGCUUUCCAUAAUUGGGAACUUUUCAUUUUUGAUGUUUCAUAAAUACCUCAUUUCCUUAGAGUCAAAACAAUAUAUUUGCAAAAUCUUUACAUUGUUGAAUUAAUAACAUCAUCUGUCAAAAAAUAACAUCCAAAAAAUGGAGGAAGACAGUAAAACAAGUGCUCUACAACCUCCUAAAGAUUGUUCAUCUGGUUCAACAAUGAUAGAGACAGCUCCAAAACUGACAGAUGCUCAGAGAGCCCGCAUUGAAAGAAAUCGACAACAUGCUUUGUUGUUAAAACGCUCAAGAGAAUUGAAGAAAACUGCAAAUAGGAUUGAGCCACCAAGCAAAAAGAACUGCGACUCUGGGGCAGGCUUUGUGGUGGAUGAUGAGGAGGAGGAACAAGGGCACACAACUAUUGUUCAUGACCCAGCGCCAAUAAAUUUUGGGGACCGCCUGAUGUGUACAGAGUGUGGAGGAGAAAUGCUCAAUUCCUAUCUAUAUAAACAGUUCAAUUUGGCUGUGUGCGACAAAUGCAAAGAGGACAAUGAUGAAUAUGACCUGAUUACCAAAACUGACGCCAAAAAGGAAUACCUACUCAAAGAUCACCACUUUGAAAAAGAUCCGCCAUUGAAGUUUAUAGAAAAGAAGAAUCCGAGACAUGACAGAUGGGGGACGAUGAAACUAUAUUUAAAAAAACAGGUUAUCACCAGGUCUCUCGAGGUGCAUGGCGGAGAAGAUGGCUUGGAGGAAAAGAAAGAAGAGAGAAAGGAAAAAAGGGAAGAGGGCAAGCAGAAAAAGUUUGACAAGAAAAUGAAACAGUUGCGAAUGACGGUGCGAUCAAGUCUUUACAAGAAGGAAUCGGCAGCACAUGAACAUGUCUACGGUGGUGAGGAAUACGAUGAAGAAGAGGAUGUAUAUACAAAGACCUGUCAGUCAUGUGGACACAAGUUAUCUUACGAGAAAAUGUGAAAAAAUAGUUUCAAAGAUGACAUUGAAAAGAAAGACAAUGACUCUCUGAUAGAAGUGUACUCCAUUUCGCGAAGAAGUGUCACUCUGAUUUUUGGUGAUUAUGCACAGUGUGGUGUAGCGCUGGGCCAAAUAGAUAUACAUGUACACGGAAGACAAAAUGUAAUUAAACAUGAAACAAAUCAAAAUUCCAUUUACAAUAAUUACAUGGCUA